AUGAUAUGCUAUUCUAAACUGUCUUUAGUAUCAGAUCAAUACCGAAUUACAAGUGCACUAUAUCCAACAUCCACGAACAUCACAUCUGAUGAUGAUAAUGAUGAUAAUGAUGAUGAUGAUGAUUUUCGUUUUCGUGAUUUUUUUGAUGAUGAUCGUUUUCUUAACGAUCUUCUUCGUCGCUGUGACCGUGAUGGUAAUUAUCGUCGGUGGCAAGCAUCAAUUAGUGGUAUACAUCGACAUGUUAUCGCUGCUAAUUCUUUAGUUCGUAUCGAAAAUCAAUAUUGUUUUAUUCAAGUUGCUAAUUGUUCGUCAAAGCCUCAAGUCCUUUAUCCUGGUCAACAUUUGGCUAUUGCUGACUUAUAUGAUGGUGACAAUAAUGAAAAUACUCAUGCACUGUCAAUUUUAUCAUUAACAACAACACCGACAUCAUCAACAUUCAAUUUCAAUAAAAAUGAUUCUUCUCAUCUAAUUAGUUGUUUUACUGAGCUUCAAGAAUUAUCCAAUCAAGGUGAUCAGAAGAAGGAACUGUUCUCUACUAGUGAUCAUCGAACCAAACAUGUUUCUCAAUUGCAUGAUAAAAGUAACCUUAAAUAUUUUAAUAAUCAUUUUCUAGAAUUAGAUUCACAUAAUACUCCAAAUUCUAUGAUAUUGCCUCUUCAUUCUAACCUCUCGUCUAAUACUUCAUUUAAUGAAAAUUUUAAUACAUCAACUACUAAUUCAUUCGACUUUUUAACCAAUUUAAAUCUUUCUGAUACUGAUCUUACAAUACAUCAAAUUGAACAAUUGAAAUCUCUUCUUGUUAAAUAUUAUAAAUGUUUUGAAGAUACAUUAGGACGUACUUCUCUUGUUCAACAUCAUAUUGACACUGGUAAUAUUAAGCCUAUUAAAUUGCGUCCUUAUCGUGUUUCACCUUAUCGUAAAGAAAUGAUAAGUAAUGAAAUUACAAAAAUGUUAAAUGCCGGUAUUAUCGAAACAUGUGCCAGUCCUUAUGCUGCACCUAUUACAUUACAACCGAAGAAAGAUGGAUCUUUACGAUUUUGCAUUGAUUAUCGAGAACUUAAUUCUGUUACUGUACGUGAUGUUUAUCCGAUACCUCGCAUUGAUGAUACACUUGAUCAACUGCAAAAUGCAAAAUACUUUUCAUCUAUGUAUCUUCGUUCCGGUUUUUGGCAAAUUGAACUUGAUCCAGCUAGUCGAGAUAAAACUGCUUUUAUUUCUCAUGCCGACCUCUUUCGAUCUCGUGUUAUGCCAUUUGGUUUAACUAAUGCUCCAGCUACAUUUCAACGUCUUACAAAUUUAGUAUUAGGUGGUCUAAUGUGGUCAUGUGCACUUGUUUAUCUUGAUGAUAUAAUUGUUUAUUCAUCUUCUUUUGAAGAUCAUUUACAUCAUCUUGAACUUGUUCUUCAACAUAUUUAA